AACGAUACGAAAUCCGUGCGCCAAAAGUUCCUGCUCUCAUCUCUGUCUCAUGGAUGGGCAUGACCAGUUCUCCUGCAAAUGUCCGCAGUUUAUGCAGCUGUUGUAUGGAAGUACGAGCACGUGUGCAGAGGUGAAAUCCGCUGUUUUGCUAUCGACGAAGAAUUCUGUUGUUGGUGUAAAUGUCGCCUCACCGAAUGAUACUGUAUUCACCGCGUCUGGUUUCCAAGAGAUCACUGCCAUCACGGCCGCCAAGGAAAGCAUUUUCAUCUACGACGGAUUUGACAAUGUUCUGUGGCAAUAUGGUACCGGAAAUGAGGACAAGCGUACGGUAUUUGGAGGAGAUUUAUCCGAGUGCCAUGGUUUGACUGUUGACCGAAUGACUGGCGUAAUAUACUACAGCAGUUUCACCGAUUCCCAUUCGGCCAUCUAUGCUGCCAAUGACGUCGCUCGUCGAUCGAUUAUCGAUUCAUCGACCAAGUCAUUCGACGAGCUUUUGGAGGACGUUAGCGGUGUUGCAUACGAUCGACAAGGGUCUCGAGUACUGUGGUUGUCGUCGAAAAACUCACUGGUCAUGGCAAUGGACGUGAAGACGUGGGCGAUUACGCCGUACACCUUCGCCAACGGUACCGCCAUCGAUACAAUCACUGUCGAUCAUUGGACAGGCGAUGUGUUCAUGGUGGUUGAUGGCGUGCUGGUCAAAGAAGAAAUCGUUGUCUCGAAGUUAUUACGAUAUGGUAGGAGAUUUUCCAAGCAUACCACUAGAGAAAUGUCGCCGCUGAGGAAAACUAGCGUGGCCCGAAAGUGA